AUGGACCGCGGCCGCCCCGCGGGCAGCCGGCCGAGCACCAGCGCGGAGCCCGCUCUCCCAGCCACCGCCGCCGGCGACUCGAGCCCCGGGCGGACCGGGCCGGGAUUGGCAGGCCCAGGUGGCAGCGCGCGUUCCGGAGGCGGGCGGCCUGCGGCGGCGAACGCGGCGCGGGAGCGCAGCCGCGUGCAAACCCUGCGGCACGCCUUCCUGGAGCUGCAGCGCACGCUGCCGUCGGUUCCACCAGACACCAAGCUGUCCAAGCUGGACGUGCUGCUGCUGGCUACCACCUACAUCGCGCACCUCACUCGCAGCCUGCAGGACGAUGCCGAGGCGCCGGCGGACCCUGGUCUGGGUGCCCUCCGCGGCGACGGCUACCUGCAUCCGGUCAAGAAAUGGCCCAUGAGAUCAAGAUUAUACAUCGGUGCUACUGGUCAGUUUCUGAAGCAUUCUGUCUCUGGAGAAAAAGAAAAUCAUGAUAAGAGUCCAGCAGACUCACAGCCUUAGGCUCUCUGUAAUGGGAGCUGGUAAAAGUGGUGGCUAUUGUUUUAAAUAUUAUGAAACAAUUCUAUAUUUAUUAUUUCAGACCUAACAAAAGUCAUUUCUGGGAAAGUUUACAUAUGAAUGCAUAGUUAGAUGUUCAGAUUUAUCUAAUGUGAAUGUGGAAUGAAAUAAUCAGUCUUAUAUAAAACACACAGCUUAUCUA